AUGGCAGAUCCAAGUGCAUCCCCAGAGCCUGCGCGCAAGAGCUUGAAGCAAAUGACUCUCAGCGAGACCAUCGAAAAGAACAGCACUAUGCCACCAGAACUAUGGACAAGCGUGCUCGAAUUAGCCUUUACCUACAAUCGACUCAUCAACAUUUGUGGCGCUAGGGGCCUCAUUUGGCUGAUUGCUCAGGUUGAGCGCGUCUUUGAUGCCCAGGAGCCCUACAAAACAAUGCAAGAUGAAGCAGUCAAUGCCCUCCUUGCCAACAACAUCUUCACCUACCGCACAACAGUCAUCGAGUCAAACCCAGGCAGACGUGGGGUGAUGAUCAGACCAUCAGCACCAUCAUGGACCAGUGAGGAGGUGGAGCUGCUGUCCAAGAUCAAGCGCCUGCAUAUUCGGGUGGAGAGUAAAGCGUACAUUCCUCCACAGACUACACGAUUCCGACAGCCCGGCGUGUGGCAUUUCAAGGGCAAGGAGAUCAUCCGCCGACUGCUAUCAAUAUGCGGAGCACUCGAGUCGGUGAUUGUCUGCUUCGAUCUGACCUAUGUCGGGGAGCAGGCAGUUCGACGAGGGGUGUUUCCUGUCAGGGAGGUGCUGGAUACGGUCUUCGAAAACACCGCUGCGCAUCGAGGUUUCGUCACUUCCUCAGAUCGGUACACCCUGUGGCUGGAAGACAAAGGAGGCUGGAGAUGUGGGGCCAGGCCGACGUCCAUAGCCGACGUUGAAAGAUUCCUGCGUCGCGAAUGGCCGAACGACAAAAUGGUAUUGAAGGUGGAGAUACCCGCACGGGAAGGAGAGACUCGAGAUAGAACCGAUGAUUAG